ACUCAUCUUUGUAAGUGUGUGCCUCUCCCUGUUGCAUUAAGGAGAAACUGCCAGGGAGUAGCUACUGCUUCACAGGGAUUGGUGUCAUUGAAUAUUCCAAAAACUGGAAGCCAUCAUGGCUCUGACCAGUGCCUUCACGACUGUUACCAACACCCCUGGACUGAUCGUCUGGAGAAUUGAGAAAAUGGAUCUGGUGUUGGUGCCACUGAACGCUCAUGGAAGCUUCUAUGAAGGUGAUUGCUAUGUUCUCCUCUCGACCCGUAAAUCAGGCAGCACCCUGUCCUAUGACAUCCACUACUGGAUUGGGAAAAGUUCCUCACAAGAUGAGCAGGGCUGUGCUGCUAUCUAUACCACCCAGCUAGAUGACUACCUUGGUGGGAUUCCCGUGCAGCAUCGUGAAGUGCAGAGUUACGAGUCCGAGCUGUUCAAGGGCUACUUCAAACAAGGUGUCAUCUACAAGAAAGGGGGUGUCGCAUCUGGGCUGAACCACGUGGAGACCAAUUUCUACAGUGUCAAGCGGCUAUUACAUGUCAAGGGCAAGAGGAGUGUCACGGCUACAGAGGUGGAGAUGAGUUGGGACAGCUUUAAUGUCGGCGAUGUGUUCCUGCUGGAUCUCGGCAAAGUCAUCAUACAAUGGAAUGGGCCAGAGAGCAACAAGCAAGAGCGCAUGAAGGCUAUGCUUCUUGCCAAAGAUAUCCGUGACCGAGAGCGUGGGGGCCGGGCUGAGAUCGGGGUGGUGGAGGGUGAUGAGGAAGAAGCCAGUCCAGACUUGAUGAAGGUGCUGGAGAGUGAGCUUGGGGAGAGGUCUCAGGACAUCAAACCUGCCAUUCCUGAUGCAGUGGUGAAUCAGCAACAGAAGAGCAACGUCUCGCUCUAUCGUGUCUCGGACUCUGGAGGGAAAAUGCAGGUCACAGAAGAAGGCAAACGACCCAUCAUACAGGAUAUGCUUAGCCAUGAUGAUUGCUACAUUCUGGAUCACAGUGGGAUGAAAAUCUACGUAUGGAAGGGGAAAGGGGCCACUAAGGCAGAGAAGCAAACAGCCAUGUCUAAGGCCUUGGAAUUCGUUAAUAUGAAAGGCUACCCUUGCAGCACCAACUUGGAGACUGUGCAUGACGGGGCAGAGUCAGCUAUGUUCAAGCAGCUGUUUCAGAAAUGGACAGUCCAGGACCAGACAAUGGGGCUAGGAAAAACCUACAAUGUUGGCAAAAUUGCUAAGGUCAGCCAGGAGAAAUUUGAUGCCACCCUCUUGCACGCCCAGCCAGAGUUGGCAGCCCAGGAAAGGAUGGUAGAUAACGGGGAAGGGAAAGUCGAGGUGUGGAGGGUUGAGAACCUGGAGCUGGUGCCAGUGGAUCAUCGAUGGUAUGGAUUCUUCUAUGGUGGAGAUUGCUACUUAAUCCUGUACACUUAUGAGCUGAACCGGAAGCCCCAUUACAUUUUAUACAUCUGGCAGGGACGUCAUGCCACGGUGGAUGAACUGGCAGCUUCCGCCUACCAUGCAGUGGAGCUGGAUCAGCAGUUCAAUGGGGAGCCUGUGCAGGUCCGAGUGAACAUGGGCAAGGAACCGCACCACUUCUUGGCCAUCUUCAAAGGCAAGCUUGUCAUCUUUGAGGGUGGGACAUCGAGGAAAGGCAGCCAUGAAGUGGAACCACCGGUGAGGCUCUUCCAGAUCCGUGGAACAGACAGCUCCAACACUAAGGCGGUAGAAGUGCCAGCUUUUGCUGCCUUUCUCAAUUCCAAUGACGUCUUCUUGCUAAAGACCCAGACAGACCAUUACUUGUGGUAUGGCAAGGGUUCUAGUGGUGAUGAGCGGGAAAUGGCCAAGCAGCUAGCCGCAACCAUCUGUGAUGGGCUUCAGGAGACUGUAGCGGAAGGGCAAGAGCCAACCGAGUUUUGGGAGCUACUUGGAGGCAAAGCUCUGUACGCAAGUGAGAAAAGGCUGCAGCAGGAGAUCCCGGAUCAUCCUCCCCGGCUCUUUGAAUGCUCCAACAAAACUGGACGCUUUGUAGUCAUCGAGAUAACAGACUUUACCCAGGAUGAUCUCAGUGAAAGUGACGUGAUGCUGCUGGAUACCUGGGACCAGAUUUUCUUAUGGAUUGGCAAAGAAGCCAAUGAGACAGAGAAGAAGAAGGCGCUGAUGAUGGCUCAAGAGUACCUACAGACUCACCCUAGCGGGAGGGACACUGACACCCCCAUCCUGAUAAUCAAGCAAGGUUUUGAGCCACCCAACUUUACAGGCUGGUUCCUGGCUUGGGACCCAUACCUGUGGAAUGAAGGGAAGACAUAUGAGCAGCUGAAGAAGGAACUGGGAGAUGCCAAUAACAUUGUCAGAAUCACAGCUGGUCUGAAUGGUGCAUCCCGAGCCCCAAGGCCUGGGACCAUGAAUAGCAGCAACUGCCCAAUAUACCCUCUAGAAGUUCUGCUGUCCAGCCAGGAUGAACUCCCUGAAGACGUGGAUCCUGCUAAGAAAGAGAACUUCCUGUCAGCACAAGACUUCCUGCAAGUCUUUGGGAUCCCCAGGGACAAGUUUGCUGCUCUGCCCACUUGGAAGCAACUCCACAUGAAGAAAGAAAGGGGGCUUUUCUGAAGAAUAAGAAUACAGCGUUUCUCAAGGUGGAGGAGAUAACUUCUGCACUCGAUGCCUAUUGAUUUGGGGCAGGCCCCAUAUCCACUAGCAGCUCCACCUAGGAUGGGAGCUGUAUAUUCUCACUUUCAAUCGUAUAUAUAUAUCACAUUUGUGCCUAAUUGCGCUUUGAAGGUUGGUGUCGUAUCUUUUACUCAAGGCUGCUGUGGUCCAGGAGGGUUUUUCGGAGGGAAAUUCUCCACAUUUGUAGGUCUACAUUGGUGAGAAAACUAACUCAAAUGAAGGAGACAAAACUGAAGACCAGAAGACACAUUGCUGACUGCUGUCUACACUCUUGGCUAAAGGCUGCACUUGAUGAUACAAAUAAGUAGCCAUGCCAUGGCUGUGAAAAAUUCAAGCCACAUAACGGCUGCUUGUUUGUGAGAAUUGGGCCUCAGAGUAUAUACUGAUAUUACAAGCAUUAUAAGUGGCUUUACUGUUAUCAUUAAUACCUUAUUUCAGGGGUUCCCAAACUGUGGUCCGUGUACCACCAAUAGUCUGUGAACUUCAUUCAGGUGGUCCACGGCAUGUCUGUAAAAAUACAAAAUCAUACAUCUAGCACGAUGCAUUACAAUUGCUGCAACAGACAGAAAAAUCAUUAAAUGGUCUGCCAAGACCCUCAGCAAUUUUUAAGUGGUCUGUGGGGUGGAAAGGUUAAGAACAUAAGAAGAGCCUGCUGGAUCAGACCAGUGGCCCAUCUAGUCCAGCAUCCUGUUCUCACAGUGACUUAUGCGCCCUCUGCUAUCUCCUUUGGGUCAUAUUCUAGAUAUAAAAAGGGCAAGGGUCUUGUUUUCCCAUUCUUUGUAAACAGUAUGUACAUGGGUGGCAUUAUAUUAUCAUCCUCAUCAAAAUAAGAAUAAUCACAAUAAUCCUAAUCCUUUGGUAGUCUUGCAUGUUCUUCCAAGCAGAAACCAACAUUUAUCCCCAGGCCCCAGCCUGUGCUGUGGUUUUCAAAGCAGAGUGGUUAAGAACAUAAGAAGAGCCUGCUGGAUCAGGCCAGUGGCCCAUCUAGUCCAGCAUCCUGUUCUCACA